GCAAUGAGGACAGUUUUACUUAGGUUAAUUUUUUUAGUUAGCUCCGUUGUUGGCCUUUUAAAUAAUUAUCAGGUUCUUCACGAGUUGAUGACAAGUGAUGAAAUCGGUUACUAUUUUGGAGUGUCUAACCUAAUAGAUGUACCUGAAUAUGAGAUUGUUUCAUUGGAAAACCCUGCUGAGAAGUCUGAUAGUAAAUUUUUAGCGUUUGGAAGACCUAUACAUUUACGUUUGGAGCAAAAUGAAAAACUACUUAGUGAUAACUUUGUGUGGACAAUUAAAGAGAAUGGUAUAUCGACAGAAUUAGACGGGAAAUCGUUAAAACAUUGCCACUAUAUACACCGGGGAAAAAUAGGAGAUAAUUUUGCUGCUGCAUUUACAUAUUGCUCAGGAAGUUCCAAAAGUGGAAUAAUUUUUAUGGAAGACUUGACUUACGAAAUGCUAUCUUUAAACUCAAGACUAUGUAGUUAUCGAUGCGAAAAUGUCAAUGAAAAUACAUAUUUCAUUUUGAAACGGGCACCGGCUCUAAACCACACUUGGACAGACGAGUUUGAUAUGCUAUCUACACUAAAUAAAAACCAUAGUUUAGUGUCACAAGACUUAACAAAAGAAUUGAAGUAUGACAGUAUAAAAGAAAUCCCAGUUCUAGAAACAGCACUGUAUUUUGAUGAACCUGCUUACAAAAUUUUUUCACCAUAUUUCAAAUAUGACGACGAACAAUUGGCCGACAUGAUUCUUGCUUAUAUCAAUGCUGUCCAGGCUCUAUAUCAUCAUCCUAGUUUAGGUAAAAAACUAGACAUUGUUAUAAUAAAACUUGAGAUUUUUAAAAAACAGCCUAUUGACUUACCUCAUUAUAACGGAGAGAGAAGUUUAUUGUUGGAUUCGUUUUGUGCUUUCAAUAGAAAAUACCGAGAAAAAGACCAAUGGGAUAUAGGACUUUAUAUUUCAGGAUUAGACUUCUAUGCCAUAGAGAAUGGCCAAUGGAGUGGUUCAACAAUGGGCCUAGCUACUGUUGGUGGUAUUUGCUCAGAAAAAUAUUCCUGUAUCAUAGCAGAAUUUGGAUCAACAAACGUUUUAGGUAAACCGUAUCCUUCAGCUGGUUUCACAUCUGUUUAUAUUUUGGCUCAUGAAAUAGGUCAUAGCUUAGGAAUGCAUCACGAUGGAAGUUCUAAUAACUGCCCAAAAGAAGGAUUUAUUAUGUCACCAUCAAGAGGAGUAACUGGAGAGCUACUUUGGUCAGAAUGCAGCGCCCAAGUUGCUUCUAAAUUUGAUAAUCUUGAUUGUCUAUUUAAAUCUACUAAACAUCGUUCUAAAGAUCUCCAACGAUUUGAUCAUAACAAAUUUAAUGACAAACCCGGUCAAACGUGGGACGCAAAAAAACAAUGUGAAUUGCUAUUAUUAGAUAGUGAUGCUACAGUAAUGAAAUCUGAUACUACACUCAAAGAAGUUCAGCAGCAAUUAGAGGACGUUUGUGAAAAUUUACAAUGUGAAACUCCAAACCGAAUUGGAUACUAUUUUGCUGGUCCUGCAUUAGAUGGAACCACAUGUGGACCAAAUUCAUGGUGCAUAGCUGGAAAAUGCGUAAAAGGUAAACCAAAAAAACCCAAAAAUAUUAUAAAAGGAGGAUGGAGCCAGUGGAAAUCCCAUGAGUGCACUUCAGGGUGUAUUAUUAAAUCGAAAGGUUUUAGGUUAAGAACAAGAAUUUGUAAUAAUCCAAAACCUGUAAAUACAGAUGAAGGAUGUGAAGGGCCAAAACGAGAAGCUGUAAUAUGCAAAGAUGAUAAAGUUUGUAAAAAAUCAAAAAAAAUACUUGUCACAGAGUAUGCAACUGCCAGAUGUAAAGAGUUUGGAAUAUUAUUACCAAUACUCGAUGAGGAAUAUUCAGGAUUACAGGCACCGCACGAAGAAACAAGACCCUGGAUGGGCUGUUCAAUAUUCUGUCGUCGUAAAGACACUGGAUCGUAUUAUACACCGGCGCUUGAUGUGUCAAAUUUACCUGUAGAUCCUUAUUUUCCGGAUGGGACCUGGUGUCAUUCUGUAAACAAUGAGAAUUUCUAUUGUUUAAAUCACAUUUGUACGGCUGAGAACGAUAUGAAACGAACGGGCAAGAGUGCUUAUGAUAGUAAUAAUGACAUGUCAAUUGUAAUCAAUCAAAAUGCAAAACCUCCUGGCCCAUAUAGUAUCCCAGAAAUACUUUUGCGGUAUUUAAGUGUAAAACCCGAUGGGACACCCUUGUUAACUACAAUGAAACCUGAAAGAGAUGAUCAUAAGUACUACGAAGGAUGGUUAAGUAAAGACUAUGUAGAUCUACCUGCUGCAUAGUAACAAUAUGUAGACUGCAUGUAGAAUGAAUUAUCACUGAAGUAGGGACAAAAAUCUUUAGAUGCGACCAAUUAUUUUUUAACUGUAUAUAAUACUAAUAACUUAAUGCAAUACGUGAACAAAUUAUAUAAAUUUAAUUAAUCAUACAUGAAAUUUCUAACUGUGUGUGCUCAUACCCUAACAGAAAUUUUUAUAAAAUGUCAGUAUUGACAACGGGUGAAGUAUUGCAACUGUACUGGUCACUGACCGUUGGCUAAUCCAUACUAGCACAGAACUGGCUGACGUCAUGUCUAAGUACUGAUCCGUAGAGGCGGACAGUGCUUGAUUGCCAUUGCUGAUAAGUAGAGGCGUAACAGCAGUUAUACAAAAUCUCUAGACUUUCCUGCACUGACAGAUCAGUAGUGCAGGAAAACGUUAUCAUUCCAGACAUAAGACAGUGUAUUGGUGGUUCAGUGCUGGUAGUCGCUACUGUGCCAAAACUGCCAGUACAAUUGCAGUGCUGUGCCCGUUAUAAAUUUCUGAAUGGGAAUAUGAAUAAAUUCGUAAAAAAAAAUUAGUCUAUAUACUUAAUUAAUAUAUUUUUUAUUCUAGUUUACUAUGAAAUAAAGACUAAGAAAUAUUGUAAACAUUUAAAUUAUUAUAUUAAAGAAUUUUUUUGUCAAUUUACAAGUUGGUUGUUUAUUACUGGUGUACAUUUUAAUUUUAUUCUUUGAGUUUAUAGUUUAAAUUAAUAAGUACUUUACUUACUAAACAAAACUAUAAAAGUU